GAUAAAGUUUAGAAUGACAGCAUCUUUGAGAGUUCCCAUUGCGCACUAACGAUAUCAAACAUUUAAAGUUAAAAUGGCUGAGCUGAUAGCUAUACCAUUGAAAAAACCGUCCGACGUAGAUGUUAUUAAACCGUUAACAAAUAUUAUUAAAUCAACAUAUAACAGUGGUGGAAAUAAUCAAAAGGAUUAUACCGAAGCUAUACAAGAAUUUAGCGUAUUAAGGAACAACGCAUUAUGGCGAGCUUUCGAGAAAUAUGAAAGUUCGUUGGAGGUUAUUUACAACUAUUACGACCAAUUAUGUGCUUUAGAAGGGAAGAUACCAGCGCACGAAUUACAAAUACCAUUUAAAUGGAAAGAUGCAUUUGAUCGUACGAUUUUUGGUGGAAAAUUGAGUUUAACGAUUAGUACUUUAGCCUAUGAAAAGGUUUGUGUACUUUUCAAUAUUGCUGCCUUACAAAGUUCAGUAGCUGCAAGUCAAUCUUUGGAAAGUGAUGAAGGAUUAAAACUAGCUGCUAAAUUGUUUCAACUAUCCGCUGCUAUAUUUAAUCAUUUAAAAGGAACCGUCAUGAUAGCAAUUCAACAAGAACCAACACCUGACAUUAGUCCUGAAACAUUGGGCGCAUUAUCUUCCUUGAUGUUAGCUCAAGCUCAAGAAAUUUUUGUCCAUAAAGCCAUUCAUGAUUCUAUGAAGGAAGUUAUUAUUGCAAAAUUGGCUGCACAGGCUGAAGAAUUGUACGCAGAUGCUUUGAAGUUAUUCCAAAAAGAAAUAUUCCGUGCAUUUUGGGACAAAGAAUGGAUUCCCUUGAUCGCAGGUAAACAAGCAGGCUAUCGUGCAAUGAUGGAAUUUUAUCAGUCGCUUGUAUGUAAAAAUAAUAAAUGCAUUGGAGAAGAAAUAGCAAGAGUAGAACACGCUGUUGAAUUAUUUAAGGCUGCUCAGCAACGAUCAAACAAGCCUAAUUUAUUCCAAGAAUAUGCUAACAGGGCACAAAGGAAUUUAACCGAAGUUAAAAAGGACAAUGAUUUCAUUUAUCAUGAAAGAAUUCCAGAUAUCAAAACUUUAGAACCAGUUGGAAAGGCUCAUGUCGCAAAAUUAGUGCAAAUGCCUGAAGUAUUAAGUUCAAACUUUAAAGAUCUCUUUGAGGAAUUAUUGCCAGUUCGUGUACAUCAAGCUAUGUCUUCUUACGAAGUUCGUCGUAAUGAACUUGUUAAUUCAGAAAUAUCCAAACUACGAGAAAUGACACAAGUUCUUAACAGUGUAUUAGCAAGUUUAAAUUUACCGGCAGCUAUCGAAGAUACUAGUGGAACCGAAUUGCCGCAAUCAUUGUUAGAAAAAGCAAAAUAUGUGCGAGAAGCCGGUGGUAAAUCAAGUUUAGAAGCAGCUAUGAAAGAACUCCCAGAAUUAUUGCAAAGGAAUCAGGAAUUAUUAGAUGAAUGCGAACGAAUGCUUAAAGAAGAACGCGAAUCUGACGAUCAAUUGAGAGAACAAUUUAAAGAACGUUGGACAAGAAUAUCCAGUGCUAGAUUAACGGAACAAUUUAUUGCUAAUGCACGUAAAUAUCGUGAAAUUAUUAAUAGAGCUGUCUCCGCGGAUAAGGAAGUUCGUAAUAAAUAUGAAGCUCAUCAAGAAGUUAUAGAAAUUCUAAGCAUGGAUGAAAGUCAAUUAUCUAUGGCUGUACCCAAUGGUUCAGCGCUGCAAGAAAGUAACGUAGUCAUGCAGUUAAGAAAAUUGAUGGAGGAUGUAGAAACAUUGAAAGCGGAACGUGAUGUAAUUGAAACUGAAUUAAAAUCAGCUACGACAGAUAUGAAAACAACGUUUUUGAAUGCUCUUUCGAAGAGUGGAGCCAUCGACGAACCGAACUUAUCUGUCGAAAGUAUUGGAAAGUGUUACGGACCUUUGCAAAAACAAGUACGAGAAAGUUUGGCUUGUCAAGAACAAUUGAUAGCUGAUAUUCAGAGUACUCAUGCAAAGUUCACAAACGAACAAUCUGGUAGCGGAAGUUCAAGGGAAACUAUGCUUUGUAGAUUGGCCUCAGCAUAUGACACGUUUAAAGAAUUGAAGAGUCAUCUGAAUGAAGGAAUCCAAUUUUAUAAUGAUUUAACGCAGCUAUUAGUCAUUUUCCAAAAUAAGAUAUCGGACUUUUGUUUUGCUCGUAAAACUGAAAAAGAAGAAUUAUUAAAAGAUUUAACGACUAAUUUAAGUCAUACCGGUCCAGCUACAACGCCAACUAUUCCAUCUCAUCACGAAGCUAAUGCGAGUCAACAACAAUCUAAUCCAGAGAAUCCAGCAGCGCCAAAUUUACCAUAUCCUGUUCAACAUCCUGGAUCAAUGCCUGUACCAUACAGUGUAACUCCUGUAGCCCCGUACCCAACUUAUAUGCCUCCACCAAUGCCAACAACAUAUAAUCCAUAUGCAACUAUGCCAUAUCCUACACAAGGUGGAUAUAAUCAAGCUUUACAACCAGGUGCAUAUGGUGCUUAUGGCUAUGGUAAUUACGCUACACUGCCUCGAUAUGGUGGUUCUAACCCUCCUCUUUAAUAGAUAUAUAUAUAUAUACUACUGUGAUGGAAAUUGAAAAAGUUCAUGUUCUAUAUUAAAAGCAGAG